GGCGUUUUUAGUUACUAUUGCGCCUAUUGCGUUUGGCCUCCUCAUCACAGCCGCAGGUGGGCAGUACUGGAAUUUUUAGCUAAAUCACUAGAAAAACGUAAGGGGUUCUUUGAGAUGAUGUUGGAGAUUAAGAGGAUGAGAGGAAAUCUACUUACCAGAAAAAAGGCAAGUGGAGGAUGGUGGUGGAGGAUAAAGCAGUGCCCAAAAUUGAGGAUAAAAAGGAGGAUAACGAAGAGGAGUGGCUCAAAAACCAUCAGUAAAAACACGAGCCCACGUGAUGAGAUCAAAGGCCUUACUGCAGGGUCUUGCUGAGGGAGAGAGCCUCAGCCUGGUACAACAACAGGGUUCACAGACCGAGUUGAUACGGUUCCAAAGAUUUGUACAGAGCUGGUGUGUAGAACAUGCCCCCCGCAGCAACAACCAAUCUCGGCUACACCCCGCCAGAUGGAGGCUGGGGCUGGGCUGUGGUCUUCGGUGCUUUCAUCUCCAUAGGAUUCUCCUACGCCUUUCCUAAAUCACUCACCAUCUACUUCAAGGAGAUUCAGGAAUAUUUUGACAUUUCAUACAGCCAGAUUGCCUGGGUGUCCUCUGUCAUGCUUGCAUCUAUGUAUGCAGGAGGACCUGUGAGCAGUAUUCUUGUCAACCGCUACGGCAGCAGACCUGUGGUUAUGGUCGGCGGGGUCAUGGUCAGUGCUGCCAUGGUGAUUGCGUCUUUUGGCAAGACAAUCAUUCAUCUGUAUCUCUGUGUGGGAGUCAUUGGAGGUUUUGGCCUGGCCUUCAACCUGCAGCCUGCUCUGACAAUCAUCGGUACUUACUUCCAGGUCAAAAGGCCGAUGGCGAACGGGCUGGCUAUGACAGGGAGUCCGGUUGUUCUCUGCACCCUAGCUCCUCUCAAUCAGUUUCUGUUCGACUCUUUCGGCUGGAGAGGGAGCUUCCUGAUCCUGGGGUCGAUCGUUUUGAACUGCUGUGUGGCUGGUUCUUUGAUGCGGCCAGUAAACAAAAAUGCUCUACCCAAGCCAGAGGCUGAGCCAUCAGAGUGUAACGGGGCUGCUGCUGAGGAAGCUGCAAGCGUGCCAUCGGCUAACCUCCUGACUGAGAAAAAUCAAAGUGAAAGCAAGAGUCAGGGCUGCAUGGAGAAAUUGGUUGAUUUCUCCCUUUUCAGACACCGGGGAUUCCUCAUUUACCUUGUUGGUAAUGUGGUCAUGUUUUUUGGCUUUUUCGCGCCUGUGGUUUUCCUUGCACCGUACGCCAAACAUCUGGGGAUCGAUGAAUAUUCAGCGGCUUUCUUGCUUUCUAUUUUCGCUCUGGUGGACAUGUUCAUCAGACCGGCAACUGGCCUCUUAGGCAACACCAAGUGGGUCAGGCCGAGGAUCCAGUACUUCUUCAGCUUUGCAGUUUCCUACAAUGGAGUGUGUCACCUUUUAUGUCCACUGGCAAAUGGAUACGUGGGUCUGGUUAUUUAUGCCGUCUUCUUUGGCUUGGCGUUUGGGAUGGUUUCUGCACUGCUGUUUGAAGUUCUGAUGGAUCUAGUCGGAGCGCAUCGCUUCUCUAGUGCAGUUGGACUCGUCACCAUUAUUGAGUGUGGACCAGUGCUUCUUGGACCUCCAUUAUCAGGAGCUCUGGUUGAUUAUUUCGGGGACUACAAAUACAUGUACUACGCGUGUGGAGUGUUCAUGCUGGUGCCAGGUAUAUUUUUCUUCAUCAUGCAUUACUUCAACUACAAGAGACUGGACGAGGAGCAGAGGCAGGCUGAGGCUGUGGAUAUGAGGACUUGUGAAGAGGCAAUGGAACUUAAAACGAGCCCGGAUGAUAAAACGGUGCAUGAAACAGAUGGAUGAACUUGCUGACUCUGAAUCCAUUUUAGUGGACGUAGAAAGAUGACACCACAGAGGCCUUACAGCAGGGCAUACAGCGUAUGGGGUAUUAUUGAUAGAAAUUAUUUUCUACUGUGGAUGAGGUUGUUGGACUCCUUGGACCCUUUGCUACAUAUCUUCAGACCAUCAUUUGGUAUUUUAUUGGUUGUUUUAUGAAUGUUAUUAUUACUACAUUAUGUGGCAAUUGUAGGCUCUUAAGGCCUUCCUUCAUAAAUCAUACAGUAAUGCCUUUGGUACAAUUACCAUAAUGGCUCUAUAAACAUUUACGAUUCCUCUUUGUUUUUUCAGAGGCUGAAUAAAUAGUGAUUUUCCUAAGAGACUGAUAUAAAAUAAUGAGUCAAACCCUCACUUAGUCUUAUUACAAGUGUCCCUUUUCAUGCUUUAUACCACUAGAUGGCACUAGACACUGUCAUGAGAACUGACAGUGCUCCACAUCUCUCUCAUUAGGCUGCAGUGUAACAAAGGAUAUCUUCAUUGGUGUUUUGGUUCAUUACAGUAUAGCUUUCAAAGUGUGGGGCGUGACCCGCCUACAGGCCGCCUGAACUUGCGACCGGAUCCCCAAAGGAGCAGCAAUUAAAAGAUGAGAAAUUAACUGACUGUUGUAAAGACCACAGACUAUAUUUUCUUAGGAUAUCUUUCCCAAAGCCUCCUCAUGCAGCUCAUAAGUGAAAGUCUUAAGUGAAAAGAUAAAUCCCUAUUUGUUCUUCAGGUUUUGGUAAAAUUCAUUUUCAGUGUCUUAGGGAUGUGCACAUGUUUUACUGAAGUGCAGUCAUAAAGAUUCAGUAUGUUUAAAGCAGAUGUUUUUGCAGUGAUCUUUCCUGAAGUGUGGGAAACCCUCUAUGGAUUUAUUAUUAGAACUACAUUUGCAUGCAGAGGCAAAACGCCUGCUAUGCCUUGUUGACAUGAAACAUGUCAUGCUUGUAACACCUUUAAUGCAUUUGCCACUUACUUACAUUCAUUUAACCAAUUCCAAUAUUAGUCUUUAGUUUUGUAAUUUUGGCUGAGACACAUUUGUAUGCUGUACAUUGUAAAAAACAUUAUAAAAGAAGUUCAAAGA